UUUAGUGUCUGCUGGAGUCCCAACCGGUCAGGUAGAGCUUCUAACGCGCUGAUGCUUUGACGUAGCACGGAAAAGUUACCCCGCGAAGUAGCUCGAUCGGUCGGAGUGAUUCCGAGAAUAAUUAGUCUACGUUACGAGGCGCUUAUUUGUUGCGCCGCGCUCGUGGGGGUGCUAAAACAAGUUGUAUUACAUUCAUUACUUCGUUUAGUUUAGUGUGUGGGGAGAUUCUGGUCGAGAACGGUCGUGUUGUGAAAAUGGCUCCUUCGGGAAGUGAUCCGUGUGAGGUGGCGAUUCCGCUGCUCGAUUUGACUACGGUUUUGAGCUUUAACAGUCUAAACUAUGUGGUUCAUCAAAAUUCCGGGAGUAAGACUUUAUUGAACAACGUGUCUGGAUCGUUUCAAUCGGGACGUUUAACGGCGAUUAUUGGGCCAUCCGGUGCUGGCAAGUCCAGCUUGCUGAACGUGCUCAGUGGAUUCAAGACCAAAGGUGUGAAAGGGGAUAUUUUGGUCAAUACUGAAGUGAUUGAUCGUCAACACUACCGUAAAAUGGUGUCUUACAAUGUGCAGAACGUGAGUUUGUUGCCAAACAUAACGGUUGAAGAAACGCUGCGGUAUACGGCGGAUCUGAAGAUGUCCUCAAAGGUUCCGGAUAUGAAGAAGAGUGCCACGAUCAACGGGAUCAUAGCGCUGUUGGGGCUGGAGAAGUGUACGAAGACUCAGGCCAGACUGUUGUCUGGUGGUGAGAGGAAGCGACUCUCGAUCGGUCUUGAUCUGGUAUCAGAUCCGAGGAUUCUGUUCUUCGAUGAACCUACUAGUGGGUUGGACAGCGUGUCUUCGUACCAGGUGAUCUCGUACAUGAAGGAUCUCGCAAAGCAAGGUCGAUGCGUGAUCAGUGUGAUUCAUCAACCAAGUUCGGAACUGUUGGAGUUGUUUGACGAUGUCUACCUGGUAACAGCUGGUCAAUGCCUUUACCGAGGAUCGCUGGCAGAUCUGAUACCCUCAUUGUCCGACGCGGGAUACGUGUGUCCGCAGUACUACAAUCCAGUUGAUUUUGCAAUUAAAAUCGCAUCAAACUUUAACACCACAACCGAAGGGAUUGACCGGCUUAUGCAACGAUUGCAGCUCGUUUCUAGUGCUGAGAAAAAUGACAUCCAGCCUCCGAACCAGUCGAGCACAAAGCGUCACGAUCAGUACGUGAGUCGUUCCCAGUAUCCGAUAUCCCGUUGGCGUCAAUUCUCCAUCCUCACGCGAAGAACCACCCUAGGAACCGUCCGAAGUAUCACGCUGACCGUACUCCGCAUUACCGGACACCUCGGCAUGGGACUGCUGAUCGGUGCCAUCUACUACAACAUUGGCAACGAUGGCGCUAAAAUCCUGUCCAACCUCGGCUUCAUCCUGCUUAGCAUCCUGUUUAUUGCAUUCGUCAACGGAAUGUCCUCCGUACUCACCUUCCCCCUCGAGAUGUCCGUCUUCAUCCGCGAGUACAAAAGCAACAGCUACUCGAUUGUAGCCUACUUGUUCUCGAAGGUGGUCGCCGACUUCCCGAUGCUGCUCACAAGCAUAACCCUGUUCCACGUCGCCGCCUACUACCUCACCGGACAGAUCAACGAACCGCUGCGUGAGCUUACCUUCUGGGCCAUGUGCGUCCUGUCGGGUUGGUUCGCCCAGGUUUACGGCCUGCUCGGUGGGAGCAUCUUCCCGAUCGAGGUCAGCCCGCUGGUGCUGCCCAUUCUGAUGCUGCCGGGGAUCAUCUUCUGCGGGUUCUUCAUCCGGUACGACGAGCUGUCGCUGGCGUUUCGGUGGUUCACCUGGGUGUCGCCGUUUCGGUUUACCUUCGAGGCGGCUACGCUGGGGAUGUACGGCUUUGGGCGGGAGAAGCUGGAGUGUAGUGAGAUUUUUUGCUACCUCCAGAAGCCGGCGAAGAUUUUGGACAUGCUGGACAUGGUUGACGGGAACUUUUGGUUUGACAUUUUUGGGAUUUCGGUGUUCAUUUUUCUGCAGCAUGUGCUGCUGUAUUUAAGCUUGAGGAGAAGAUAUCUACAAAGAGAGAAGACUCAUCACGGUUCGGGGUGGCACUUUCCGGGCAUUUCACGAUGCAAAUCCUGUUUAGUUGCAGUUUCGACGUUGUUCAGUGGUGGAGUGGUGAUAUGUGCAAUAUUUGAUCACGGUAGUAGGAACGCAAUUAAUAUCAUCAUGACGCCCUCGUGCAACGAUCCCGCCGAGGUGGUCAUUCCCCUGCUCGACUUCUCAACGACGCUCGCCUUCAACAACCUCAACUACACGGUUCAGCAGGGUUCCACCAGCAAGACCCUCCUCAGCAACGUAUCCGGAUCGUUCCGGUCGGGACGCCUGGUGGCGAUCCUCGGCCCGUCCGGCGCCGGCAAAUCUACUCUGCUGAACGUACUCAGCGGAUUCAAGGCCAAAGGUGUCAAGGGUCAAAUACUGAUCAACAAUGAGGUGGUCGAUCGUCAACGGUACCGUCAGCUGGUGGCUUACAACGCGCAGGACGUUAAGCUGCUGCCGAACAUAACCGUUGAGGAGACGCUGCGUUAUACGGCGGAUCUUAAGAUGAGUUCAAAGGUAUCGAGCAGCGUGAAGAAGACCACGAUCAACGGGAUCGUGAAGCUGCUGGGGCUGGAGAAUUGUACCAAGACCCAGGCAAGAUUGCUGUCUGGAGGUGAGAAGAAGCGGCUGUCGAUCGGCCAGGAGUUGGUGUCCAAUCCGAGGAUCCUGUUCUUUGACGAACCGACUAGCGGGUUGGACAGCGAGUCUUCGUACCAGGUGAUCUCGUACAUGAAGGAUCUCGCAAAGCAGGGUCGAUGCGUGAUCAGUGUGAUUCAUCAGCCAAGUUCGGAGCUUUUGGAGCUUUUUGACGACAUCUACCUGGUUGCGGGAGGUCACUGUCUAUACCGAGGAUCGCUGGAAAAUCUCAUCCCGACGCUGUCCGAGGUGGGAUUCGUGUGCCCACAGUACUACAACCGGGCGGAUUUUGCAAUCAAAAUCGCGUCCAGAUCUAACCCCGAAAUGGAAAAGGUUGACCAGCUCAUCCGCCUCAUGGAACUCGACACCAACUCCGACCAAAAUGGCAACAAACGUCUCGACCGUCUCAGUCCCAAAUCGCUCGACGAGGACGAAUCCCGCUCGCAGUACCCAAUCUCGCAGUGGCGCCAAUUCGCGAUCCUCACCCGCCGAACCACCCUCGGAACGAUUCGCAACUUCACCCUAACCGUGCUCCGGUUCAUCGGCCACUUGCUGUUCGGCCUAAUCAUCGGCACCGUCUACUACGACAUCGGUAACGACGGCGCCAAAAUCCUGUCCAACAUCGGGUUCAUCAUGCUGACGCUGCUGUUCAUCGUGUUUGCCAACGCAAUGUCCGUCGUGCUCACCUUCCCCCUCGAGAUGUCCGUGUUCAUCCGCGAGUACAAAAGCAACAGCUACUCGAUCGUGGCCUACUUCUGCUCGAAGAUCGUCGCCGACUUCCCACUCAUGCUUGCGGGGAUCACCCUCUUUCACGGCACGGCCUACUACAUGACGGGACAGAUCAACGAGCCGGGCCGCGCGGCCUGUUUCUGGGCCAUGUGCGUCGGAAUGGGUUGGUUCGCGCAGGUUUACGGACUGCUCGGGGGGAGCAUCUUCCCCAUCGAAGUCAGUCCGUUCAUCAUUCCGGUGACGAUGCUGCCGGGGGUGUUGUUCUGUGGGUUCUUCAUCCGGUACGACGAGCUGUUUGCGGCGUUUCAGCCGUUGACGUUUGUGUCGCCGUUUAGGUUUACGUUCGAGGGAGCCUCGCUGGCGUUGUACGGGUUCGGGAGGAAGGAUUUGGGCUGUAGUGAGAUGUUUUGCUACUACCGGAAGGCGGCGAAGAUUUUGGACAUGCUGGAUAUGAAGGACGAGAACUUUUGGAUCGAUGUCGGGGGGUUGGUGACGAUUAUAGUGCUGUUGCACGUGGCGUUGUACAUUAGUUUGAGAAUGAGGUUACGAUGAUUUCAUUAAAAAUUAUGCUUGUUUUUGUGUCUAAAAGCACCCAAGGAAUGCAAUAGGUGUUGAACAUCACAAAAUAUUGAAAGAUAAUGGAUAAAAGCUAAAAACUAAAGUUUAUUGUCAAUAGUUUUCCUUCUUAUAUUGUCCUUUGGAGUGCCUUAACUAUCUCUGUGAUAAUAUAGUGUUCUGUAGUAAUUCGUUACACAAUUGUUCAAAAUGUUUCUCUGUUAAUGCAAUAAAAUUACUGUUUGAUGGUCUUUAGAAAAAA